UCCUCUCCUCUGCUUUCACAUCUUCUUCAUCAGUACAGAAUGGGACUUAUCCAUUGCCUCUCUCUCGUAUCCCUUCUCCUCCUUGUGCAUACUACUGAGUCAACUCAGCCUCCGUUUUCAUGUGACGCAUCUAACCCAUCAACGAAAUCGUUCCCUUUCUGCCAAACCUCACUACCCAUCAAGAAACGAGUCCAGGACCUCGUAUCCCGCCUCACAUUGGACGAGAAGAUCUCUCAGCUCGUUAACACAGCGCCUCCGAUCCCCCGCCUCGGCAUCCCCGGCUACCAGUGGUGGUCCGAGGCAUUACACGGCGUUGCCAACGUUGGCCCCGGCAUCCAUUUUAAUGGGGCUAUCAAGGCCGCCACAAGCUUCCCUCAGGUUAUUCUGACUGCCGCUUCCUUUGAUACCCAUCUCUGGUAUCGCAUCGGCCAGGUGAUUGGAGCUGAGGCUAGAGCGGUGUACAAUGCAGGGCAAGCGGAGGGGAUGACGUUUUGGGCUCCGAAUAUAAAUAUAUUUAGGGACCCAAGAUGGGGGAGAGGGCAAGAGACGCCUGGAGAGGAUCCAUUGGUGACAGGGAGGUAUGCAGCGGCAUAUGUGAGGGGUGUUCAGGGGGACUCCUUCGAGGGUGGGAAGCUCAAAGGGAGACUUCAAGCUUCGGCUUGUUGCAAGCAUUUCACGGCUUAUGAUUUGGACGACUGGAAGGGCGUAAACCGCUUCGUUUUCGAUGCUCGCGUGACGGUGCAAGAUAUGGCGGACACAUAUCAACCUCCAUUCCAGAGCUGCGUAGAAGAAGGGCGAGCCAGUGGGAUAAUGUGUGCGUACAACCGUGUCAAUGGCGUCCCAAGCUGUGCAGAUUAUAAUCUGCUAUCUAAGACUGCCAGAGGCCGAUGGGGUUUCAAUGGCUACAUCACAUCAGAUUGCGAUGCUGUCUCUAUCAUCUUUGACAACCAAAGAUAUGCUAAAACACCAGAAGAUGCUGUUGUUGAUGUCCUCAAAGCUGGAAUGGAUGUCGAUUGCGGAUCCUACUUGCAGAACCAUACCAAGAAAGCAGUAGAGCAGAAAAAGUUACCUGAAUCAGAAAUAGACAGGGCCCUUCGCAACCUUUUCUCUGUU